AUGUCCAGCUGGGUGGCAUUGAACAUCGAGCCCGCUGAGGCCGUUGAAGAAGAGGUUGACGACACCAAGGAAAUCCAGAUUGAGGAAGCACUCAAACUAUACCAGAAUGCCUUGAAGCUUCACUCACAGGGCCCCCAUUUCUAUGCGCAAGCUGCGGAGGCAUAUGAUGCCCUUCUUGGUUCGGAAAUAUUCAAAUACCCUGAAUCUAUCUCCGACUACAAACGGAUCGCAUUGCAGGACUCCGAGCUUCAAUUUGCAGGGACUUCCGACUAUGUCGCUAACGCAGACAGCGCUGAACCGCUGGGAGACUAUGAUGUCAAUGAUUCCACUUCUAGCACUCUGCUGCAAACCAUCUAUCUUUCGUUUAAGAACCAUGGACAGUUCGUUCUAGACUCGUUGCGUGCUGUCAUAACGAACGCUGUUCAGGCACCAGAUGAAUCCCAAGAUCUCGCUACUAAUAUUGCCGAGCGUGUGAACGCUGCACUAACGUCUUUUGCGGAAGCCUUGGAGCGCGACGACACGGAUCUCAACCUCUGGAGACAGAGCGCAAGGCUCUGCAAUACUCUGCAGAGCUAUCGGCUAGCCCGCUACUGUUUGGAAAGCGUUCUGGCGGACGAUGAGAAUCGUUUAGAGGUUCGAACAGAGCAGCUAGGCUUAGAGGAAACUUUUGCGGAGGACCAUCUUCGCGAAACGCUGCUGUCACUGCAUGACAGAAUAUCGGUUUCUCAGGUUCCGAUUAAAAAACCCAAGAAAGCUCUUCUUAAAUUUCUCAAACGCCAGAGUGACCCUUAUCCGUAUCUACCUGCAUUGCCCAAGAGCCUGCAGGAUGUGCUUCCGUCGAGGAACCCGCUCGCCUUACGCAUUGCACGACAUGAUUUAAAGCCUCUUUCACCAACAUGGGCCGACUUUGGCAGGGCUAUUCUUCAAACGGUGGCAGAUGAGGGGCAAGGCAUUAUCGAUGUUGGUCCUGGUACUGCAAUCAGUGUUUCAAUACCAGCUCUUAGUCCUGAAUUGAAAGCUACAGUCGCCAGGGAAACUCAAUUUCAAGACCCAUCGUCAAAGUCUCAGGAUGAUGAAGGUCAGGAUGAUCAGAAGCCAAGAGUUCGCAUGUCUAGAGAAAAUCAAGACAAUAUUGAAGUUCAGCAACCCAUAAAGCAUGAAGCGCUUGACUUUACUGCCGAGCACGCGGAUGACCAUUCAUCCAUUGAUCAACGGGCUGAAAAGCAACUUAUGGAAUCGUUGGAGAUUCAGACAUCACGUUCUCCUGAGUUAGCCAAUCAGCUGGAAACCGCAAAUGCCGACGAACCUGACCCCAAAUCCUCAGCGAACGGGGCACGAAAACGUUCUUCUGCAUCGGCCAUUACGGAGGACCAGACAGAAAGCAUUCGAUCCAAGAGCAGAAGGACCCGUCUCCGAGAAUCACAUGUAGAGGCUUCAUCACAAGCUGAUGAGGUCUCAUUUGACCAUAAUAAAUACUACGAGGACCGCCUAGAGUUUUACACCAGAGCCGAUGAAUGGAUGUUUGGCACAGUUGGGUCUCUGUUAUCUAAGUUUGGGAUUGAAGAGCUUGGAUCAAUCGAGGAGCUGAGGAAACAGAUUUCCCCCACCAUCGAUGAAAAAGAACUUCCGGAUAGCGAAGUCAACAAGGAGGCUGGGUACGUACUGCCUCGAGAUUUGAGGGACAUCAUGAAGAGCUGGGACGAAGGGAAGUCUCAGGCAACACUUCAGUGUGAUAAUGUCUCUGCACUUCAGGACAUCCAAGGAAUGGGCAAGUCUGGACUGGCUAUUUUUUUGGAGCACUCUAGAAAGUCUGCCCACAAAUUAGGGAUGAGACAAGUUCUCUCCGGGGUCGAGGAACUACUCACGCUUCAAAACACCAUCAAUGAAGGAUGGUUCCCCGUCCAUGAAGCCGCUCUCGAGUGGCUUAAGUGUCUGCUUAUGCCAGAAUAUGGGCGUGAUUCUGGAGAUGAUAGCGUGUCCACUACCUCAAACUUCCCCAUUAUGAGAUCUACAUAUACUUUGUUUCAGUGGCCAGAUACACUGAAAGAGACUGUGGUGCAAAUCCUGAUACGUGAAGAUGAGAAUAUCCACAGAGCAAUGUGCGAACACGUCGAAACACUCGAACGCCAAAUUCUUUCCACUAGCGCUGAGGCACCGUUUGAAUACACUACCAACCACUUCGCAAACCUCGAGAUGAUGCAGGCAUUGUUUGAGCUCCAUCUUGACAUAUACGCUUCUAUUAACAACCCAAACAGUGAGGUGGAUGGAACGAUAAGAAUACAGCAAAGAGAUCGUUUAGCAAGAUGGAGCUUACUAGCGCGCACUUCACUGACUCACUUCAUGAAUUACAUUCGACCUGGAAGUCAUCAGGAUAACCUUGUUCUUCGCCAUAUAUGGGCAUCGACAUUUCAUUCGAAUAUGACAACGGACGCCGAGCGGGAACACGUUUUGCUCUGUCUGCAGGAAUUGAAACAGCUCCUUAGCGACUUGAAGGACCCAGUGAUAAGCCUUGUGAACAAUGCAAUCAUGCCGGAAAUAUCAAUUGAAGCCGUUGACCAAGAGAUCUCAAAGCUGGAGUCUAUGGAUUUCUUUAUGAGAAUCUUCAAUACUGAAUCGGAAGACCCCGUGGGACUCAUCGAAACAAUCGAACCCAUUCUAGAGCCUUCUUCGGUUCAGUUUGUUGAGGGAAGCACUUCGGAGGAGCAGGGACAUUCCCAGCCAACAUCACAGCUCCACGAAAUGAGGUCUUUCUUAGAUAGAGGGGAUGCCACACUGAGACUCUUCUUGUGGAAAAGGCUACAGGACGCGUAUAAGAAGAUCGAUUACUCACCCAAAGUCGUGUCGUGCUACCUACGGAGUAUUGAAACAAUAGUGAGAGAGCUUUGGAACCCUACACAUCUGGAAGAGCCAAGUGAGCACCGGCAGAUUACAUUGCUCCGUUGGUUAAAAUCUCUCGAUGGAAUAUUAAGUAAAACUAUCACAACGAUUCUACAAGCGCCAGAGAAAGCGUACGAAUGCUUUGAUAUGGACCACGUCAAAAGCUCGCUAUCUGCGGUGACCCUACUAUUAAAACUACUUCACAGUUUUGUACUUUACGAAGAUUCUGUUCGUGUGGGUCAGUUAUCUGGCUCAUCUGUACGUGGAGCUUUGGGAAAGUCGCUGGAAAGCUUCAGGGAUAAACUACGAGAGAUGCAUGUCCGUUGUUGGAUCCUCCAUUACACCCUUCUAAGAGAAGCUAUUGCACAGAAUCCGGGACUCUUCGAGACACCUUUUGAGGAUCGUAUUCUUUACUUGCGCUCUGUGCACAAUGCUUUGGGGAUUCGCAAGAUGUGCAAACGUUCUCACAAGCAGUUCCUUAAGCUUGUCAAGUCCGAACUUUUCACUCUAGAUGAGAAAGCGGACUAUGAGUUUGAUAUUUGUCAGAUACUGUACGACAUACACGGCAUUAAAUUGUCGCCUGUCGAUGGUUAUCUGGAAGACCAUGGAUGUCCAUCGGAGAAGUUAGAUCGCCCUACUGCUAUUGUGAUGAUUGAUUUUGUCAUGAAGCAGGCUAAGAAAAUGAACAUCAAGGAUCUAUCGAAGUCUGAGUUGAAGUCCACAAUCGAGAAGAUGCAACAAGCCAUCGGCACUACGAAAUCAUCACCCCCUUUAUCAUACAAUAAACGCAUUCUGACGGCUUACUUGAAAUCUCCAUUAAAUCCAACGGAAAUUUUCCGUGCCGUCCGUGGAGUUGAAGACCUUCCAUUGCUUCCUGUGUCCACUGAAAGCGCAAUCAUUGCGAAGAAUGGAUGGUACUUCCUUUUAGGACAUGCAGCGCUGACCAAAUUCCGCUCUCAAAAGCGUUUGAACCCUGUCCCAACCACUGACCUUGACGAAGCUAUUACGUGGUUUAGACAGGACUUGGAACACAACACUCAGAGAUGGGAAACGUGGUAUCGACUUGCUCAGACUUAUGAUUCGAAGCUGGAGGAAGACAUUACAUGGUCUGCGGACAAAAUUAACAAUAACCGCAUGGAGUUGGUGACUUGGCAACGCUAUGCAAUCCAUAGCUAUUCUAUGGCCGUUGCAACAGCAGCCAGAAAUGCAGAUCCUACACCGGAAACUCGAGCACUCCUAUCUGACCUCUACACUGAUUUUGGUAUUCGUUUAUACUCGUCCUCUCGGGAACCCUUGUCUAUGGCCGCUUUUAGCCUUGCCGAUUUCACUCGACACUACAAUAGUGAAGAUAACCAGCAGAUGUAUCAAGCGCUUCCCUACAAGGAGAUGAGGCUGUAUUCAGUCUGGAAUCUUGCGAGCUACCUCCUUAGGCGUGCGGCUGCUGAUAAGCCCAAGAAUUGGAUGAUUCGUUACAUGCUAAGCAAAUGUCUCUGGAAGAUGUUCAGCUGCGAUGACUCUGUGAGGGGCACAUCAAAGCGUGUACACCUUGACGAUAUUCUAGACUCCCUGCUUGAUUCUAUUGAUGCUUUGCCGCAGAAGAGGGAUCCUCGAUCGGAUCCAAUCUUCGAACCUCACUAUAAGCUUGUGUCUAUCGUCCACAAACUGGUCCAUAGGGGAGUGGUUACGCCGGCUGAAGGAAGCAAGACUCUCGUGGCCGCUCCUUGGGCACGAAAGGUGCCGCCUCCAGAGGAAGGGGCGCCUUGGAAGCCAUAUAUAAUGGCUGUCAUUCGGAAUUUGAAGCAUGCGGACAAAUCAAACUGGCACCACCGCAUGGCUGUCAGGGCUGCACAUAUCACCUACGAUGAUGAAAGGGACGCCGUCGCAGCUGCAGGAGCUAAGGGUGAACUUACACAUCAGAUAUUCACAAAGACUAUGACGAUCCAGGUGUGGCGGCCUGAAAACGAGCGCCCUGGAAGACAUUUCGUUUAUACGACUCGAUACGUGUAUUUCUUCGUGGCCCUACUUGAGCAACUGGAUGAUCGUGCAAGCCUUGAUCAGUUAUUACGUCGCGUCAGAAAGAAGCAGGGCGAUUUCAUCAACCAUACCAAGUUAUGGGAAGACCUAUGUCUAACCUAUGCACGAGUCAUACGCAAAGCGGGCAAGAUCAACGAGGGACAUGACGAAAGCGUAUUCAAGCCCAUCGGAUGGGACGAAUUUGUUGCAAACACAGCUCGUCUAGAGAGCCUCUCCCAACUAGCCCCAGAGAGCACAACGCUCCUAGAGCUUCUCCGUGAUGCCGUCGAGCUUAAAAAGCUAAACAACAACCUCAUGAAAGUCUCCUUGCUAGAAGACCUCAUCGCCGACAUCUAUUCUCGCCUAUACGAGGUCAACAUGCCUAACGUCAUCGAACAAGCGAACGAAGAAAACAAAGAGAAAAUGAAAGUAGACCAUCUUCUCAUGGGCAGCGAUGGAGCCGCAGACACCCCUACACCCCCAACUUCCGCGCCUGCAUCCGAAGCCCCAGCACCCCGUGGCCGCACGAAAGGGAUUGCAAGACGGGAUAUCCAAAAACGGGCCGAGACAAUUGUCCAACGCAAAGUCGCGCCUCGUGCUCCUGUCGCCAAAGCACCAGCCACUACAGAGACUGAACCAUCUCACCCCACCGGGACGGCCACCUCCGCUCCCGAACAACCGAAUGAUACUGCUACGUCCGCCGCUGUGGCUGAUGAGUUGGCCUCGGGGCAGCAGAGUGAUAUCCCUAAUAGCUUGCACGACAGCGCCGAUGAUGAAAGCGAGCUGAGCGAGAUAGAUGAUGAAAAGCUGUCCAAGCUCGCGGCGGAACGCAGCCUAUUGUUUCCCAAUCUGCAGGACAGAGGAUUUUUAGAUCCGGAAUUGGAAAGGUCGGCUCAAGCUAGCGCUGAUGGGGACGGGGCUAAUGAAGGGGCGGGCGAAAUGGAAGAAGAUGGAGACAGGGAGGAAGAGGCUGAUCUUGGUGAGGAAGGGGGGACUAUGUUAGAAGAAGAAGAAACUAUGGUAGAGGAAGGCGAAGAGGGUGGUGAUGGCGAUGAAGCUGAGAGUGAUGGAGAGGGAGAAGUCGCAGGCGAAGAAUAUAACGAGGCCGCUGUGGAGCAAAGAGCAGGGGAAGGUGACAGCGAGCAUGAAGGCGAGAUGGACAAUGAUGACGGGGUUGAAGAACCUGAGCAACCCACCACUGCUGAGGCUGAGCAGGAAAGCGAUCAUGUCUCCGAUUCUGAGGCUAUGGAUGUCUGA